ACAGAGGUGGUGAAACCCCACCAGUGAGGACGUGCUGCUGGAAGGACACAGAGGUGACUGAGGGCAGGAGCAGACCUGGGAAGGCUCUGGCUGCUUUGGGUGACAUUUAAAUAAGAUGCAGAUCACCAUCAACUGGCCAUUGGUUUCCACUGCAGUGUUUGCAGGUGAAAUCCAAUGUAACCCCCCACUCCCCAGGGAAUGGAGCGGGGAGGGUCAGAGAAUGCGGCUGAGCUCUGGAUCUCUAAGAAGGGUGGGGGCCCAGAAUAGGCAAUCGGGCUCUGCCCUCCAGGCUACCCCUUACUCCCAGAGAAAGAGACUAACGGAGACCCCGCCCAGUUGCCCCAAAAUGAGAGGGUGCAACACAAGGAGUUUGGCUGGUUAAUGUAGGAAAGGGGCGGGGGCUGGAGGGGAGAAGGAUGGAGCAGCUGUCAGCAUGUCAACUCCUCAUCUGCAGGGUGCCCGCGUUUCCGCCGGGCUCCAGCCUGUGCCCUCACCCCUUUGGAACAGCUGAGCCUGUCCAUUCUCUCCGCAUCCGUCUCCAUCAUUCAGCCUCCGCCCUACCCCUUCUCUAUUCAUUUUUACUGCUCCCCUGUCCUAUCACCCGUGUGCCCUGGUUCAUCCACCCCCACCCACCGGCAAGGCCCGCCUCACCAGGGUCCUCCUGGAACCGUUCCUGGCUUUAGGCUUGUCGGGAGACUCUCCGGUCCCGCCCGGCGGGCCACCGAAGAGGGGAGGGGCGCUAGGACAACACUCUCUGCGCUGCGCAGCCGCACCCCUCCACGCAUGGGCGUGGCGUAGCUCAGACCCGCCCCCCUAGCGCUUGACGUCUUGCCGGUGUCACCCC